AUGACAACUACCGUAUUACCAAAAUUAAAUUUUUUUAUUGAUAUUUUCACUAAAUAUGUUCCUUUGAUAUUCACGUUGAAAAGUUUAAACCGUAAAUUAGUCUUUGAAAGAACAUCUUAUCAAUUUAUUAUCAAUUACUGGUUGUAUUGCUACAUAUUGCAGCAUAUCCAGAAUAUGCUUUAUGAUCAAUCAAUUGUGUUGUAUAUUUGCAGUGUCAUAAAAUUAUGGAUGUUUUAUGGAAGUUCCAAUAAUUUACGUUUAGCUAAUGAUAUAAUAUUUGUCAGACAUGUUGAUUUUGAAGCUAUUAAGAGAAUUGAAGAUGAAUUUAUUAACCCUUUAAUUAAUACCAUAUAUCCUAAGUUUAAAGAAAUGGAAUAUCAGAUUUAUUUAUGUGGCAAGACAUAUUCAAAACCAAUUGAUGAUUGUUCAAUAAUAUUAAAUUUCCCAAAUGUUUCUAAAUUGUUUAUUUUGAAUAAUGUCAAUUCCCUUCCUACGACGACUUCCACAUCAAGAAGAAGUCGUCUGAGUGGAUCAAAUCUGAGACCAAACGUUGUUCCCAAUAUAGGGACCUCUACUUCACCUAAUCCAAGUCUUCCAAAUCAACGAUCAAGACAAUCUUCAAGAACUUUUGAUGGUUAUCAACAAGGAUCUGAUAGAUAUUAUCCUCCAUACCCAUUUGCUCCGCCUCCAUAUACAAAUAUUGAUACCUCAGGUAAUAGAUCUGCAAAUCCAAUGAGAAGAUCUUCCGUAUCAUACCAACAACAACCUACGACGUCAACAAGAAUAAGAUCAAGAUCUGAUAAUUCCGAUGCUGGUCAUCGACAAAGUGUAAGAGAAACUUUGAAUUUGGAUCUGAGAAAUAGAGAUUAUUAUUUUUCUCCCGUUUUUGUUGAUGAUAGGUAA